ACGAACGGCAAGUCUCGCAGUUGCAGCCAGAUAUUCGCAUUGCCUGCUGCUGAACGGUUGUGUCGAGCGCACUCGAAAAAGAAGAAGCAUUACGUUAAACAUCCCCCCUAUUACAGCGUUACAUAACGAGCAAAGAAGAAAUGGCCCAGAAGGUAUUGCGAAAUGUGACGCACUGCAUCUUCGACAUGGAUGGCCUGCUGCUGGACACUGAACGCAUUUACGAGGAGAUCACCAGGCAAAUAGCUGGCACCUUCAAUCGCUCCUAUCCCGAGGCGGUGCGUUUCAAAGUAAUGGGCACCACGGAACAACGAUCCGCCGAAAUAGCCGUCCAAGAAUGCCAAUUGCCCAUAAGCGUCGCUGAUUUUCUCCAGCGCUAUCACAAAAUGUGCUGCGACCGGCUGCACAAGGUGCCGCUGCUGAAAGGUGCUGAGCGGCUGCUACGUCAUUUGCACGCAAACAAGGUGCCCUUUGCCUUGGCCACCAGCUCCGGCGCCGAGAUGGUCGAGCUGAAGAGCACACAUCAUCGCGAGCUCUUCGAUCUGUUCCAUCAUCGCGUGUGCGGCUCCUCGGACAGCGAAGUGAAGAAUGGCAAGCCGGCGCCAGAUAUCUUUUUGGUGGCCGCCAGCCGUUUUGGCGAUAAGCCCGAGCCGAAAAACUGUCUGGUGUUCGAGGAUUCGCCGAAUGGCGUCGAGGCGGGCAACAGCGCCGGCAUGCAGGUGGUCAUGGUGCCCGACGAACGGCUCUCGAAGGAGCGUUGCGCCCAUGCCACCCAGGUGUUGCGCUCACUGGAGGACUUUAAGCCCGAACAGUUCGGCCUGCCGCCAUUUACCAAUUAAAUAGUAUGUUUGACCAAUGUCGCCUAUCCGUGUACCUAGCAUAAUUACUAAGCCUAAAUACAGAUGUGUGUGUUACUAGCA